GUAGAUAAUUAGAUAUUGAUGCUAUUCGUUAGAUGGCGCAACAUUGUAUGUUUGUAUGUGGUGUAUUCACAGUUUUACAUAAAAUUUAAUUUGUUAUUUGAAUUUUAUUUUAUUGUUGUGUAUAUUGUUAGAUGGCUUUAUGUCCUUUAAGGUUGCAGGGAUUUGGAUUGGCGUUUGAUUAAUCAGUCUGGUUUUAAUUUCCGUUUGAGUACUCAAUAAAUUUAAGUUUAUAUUUAUUUGUCGUUACAUAGAAUUUCACGAUGGACGAAGAUAUGCGUACUUUGUGGUGUGGAAAUUUGAGUGACAAAGUAUCGGAAGAGAUUCUAUAUGAAUUAUUCUUACAGGGUGGCCCUGUGCAAAGAGUUUCUAUUCCUAAAGAUCGUGAUGGAAGGCAAAGAACAUAUGGAUUUGUAACUUAUAAACAUAUUGUUUCUGUAUCGUAUGCUUUGGAUCUAUUCGAUGGUACAAUGCUGUUUAAUCGUCCCAUUUGUAUGAGCACAAGGAACAACAUGGAAUUACAACAAAAAACAAACUCACAGGAUCAGUAUCUUAAUAACUUGAAUCAUCUACUUCAGUUAGGACAACAAAUGUUGUUAGAAAAUAAUUCUCCUCACAUGAAAAUUGACAUGUACGGAGGAAAUAUGUUGCCAAGUUCAGGUCCUUAUUCUAGGAAGUCAGAAGUUCAUUCUUAUGAAGAUAAUAGAAGAUCUGUACGAUCGCAUCCUUAUCGUAGAGAAGAAAGUAAAAAGAAUAACAGACAUAAGAAUCAUAGAUCUAGAACUAGUCAUAACAGUCACAGAUCAAAUGAUUAUUCUAGAAGGGAUUACAAAAGUAAUAAACACAACUAUCACUAACGAAAUGCAUUAUAUAAAACAGAUAGGCUAUACAAUAUUAAUUUCUAUUAUUACAAUGAUUUAAUUUUAAACAAUUUAGAAGCACAUAUUUUUUUUUUAGUAAAGUAUUUUACCUUGUAAAAUUUAUUAUAGAUCUUAACAACUUACUGUGCAUUAUUAUUGAUUAUAUUAUCAUUAAUCUUACACCUUUUUCACUCUCGUGUAUUGGAUGCAAUAAUAACAAAAUAACUUUUCGUCAUGAAAGUAUAUAUUAUUGAAUUAAAGUAAGAAUCUGAUAAGAGUUAUUUUAUUUCAUAUAUUAAUACUUUGCAAACAUCGGAAUGAUAAUCACGUGUACGUGACAGCGACCGGUAAAGUGUUAAAGCAAUUAGUAUGUUCUGAAUAACAACUGUAUGGGUUGUAACACGUUUUAUCAUUUAAGUGAAAUUCUGCAGUUUGUUUAAAUGUAUGUGCAGCUUUCUCUGCAAGCAUUAAAACUGCAGCAUUAAUAUUACCACUUGGUAAUGAUGGUAGUACAGAUGCAUCUAUUACAUACAAAUUUCUCAUGCCAUAAACCCUGUGAAGAAGAUGUUUUAUAUAUUAUUUAUACAUAAAUCAUCAGUUUGUAUGAAAAUGUAAUAAAUUACUUGAACUUUUGGUCAACAACAUCACCCAUCCGGCAUGUUCCAGCAGGAUGAUAAGAAGUUAAAGUUAAGUGUUGUAUGUAACAUUCCCAGUACUUUACACUAUCAAACUUUUCUUUUUCACAACCAGGAAAAUGUUUUUCAUAAAUGGAUGCACCAAGAGUUUUCAUAGCAUUUGUUCUAACGAGUUUCUUUACAAAUUGUAAUCCUGUAAAAUUAAGUACUAUGUAUUGCGAUUAGCACUCAAAUUUUUUAUAUAUUGCAUUGAAAUUUCAUUAAUCUCAGUACCAUCAACAAGAAGUGCAAUGUCAUCCUUAUUUGUUAAGUAUUUUGGAUUAAUUAGUGGUGGAUCAGAAGGAUUAGUACUGUGUAAUUUAACUUCUCCCGUACUUUUUGGAUGUAGCAGAACUGGAGCAAUUGUUACUGUAUUCUUAUAAGCAAGGGGAGCAAAGUAUUCAUUGUAAACCUAUGUAAAAAAAUACUUAAUAAAUACUUUAUGAAGC